AGAGAGAGAACGAGAGAGCGAGGUGUAGAGAAACCGAGGGGGAGAGAACCCGAGUGUGUGUAUGCGUGUGCGUGUGUGAGCGCGAGCGAGCGAGUGAGGGAGAGGAGCGAGAGAGUGCGAGCUAGAAAGAAUAAAAGGAAAGAAGAUUUUCUCUAUGUAUAUAAAGAUGGCCACGUUAGCAAACGGACAGGCUGACAACGCGAGCCUCAGUACCAACGGGCUCGGCAGCAGCCCGGGCAGCGCCGGGCACAUGAACGGAUUAAGCCACAGCCCGGGGAACCCGUCGACCAUUCCCAUGAAGGACCACGAUGCCAUCAAGCUGUUCAUUGGGCAGAUCCCCCGAAACCUGGAUGAGAAGGACCUCAAGCCCCUCUUCGAGGAGUUCGGCAAGAUCUACGAGCUCACGGUUCUGAAGGACAGGUUCACAGGCAUGCACAAAGGCUGCGCUUUCCUCACCUACUGCGAGCGUGAGUCAGCUCUGAAGGCCCAGAGCGCGCUGCACGAGCAGAAGACUCUGCCCGGGAUGAACCGGCCAAUCCAGGUGAAGCCCGCGGACAGCGAGAGCCGAGGAGGUAGUAGCUGCCUGCGCCAGCCCCCUUCACAUAGAAAACUCUUCGUGGGUAUGCUCAAUAAGCAACAGUCCGAGGACGACGUGCGCCGCCUCUUCGAGGCCUUCGGGAACAUCGAGGAGUGCACCAUCCUGCGUGGGCCUGACGGCAACAGCAAGGGAUGCGCCUUCGUGAAGUACUCCUCGCACGCGGAGGCACAAGCCGCGAUCAACGCCCUGCACGGCAGCCAGACCAUGCCGGGAGCCUCAUCCAGUCUGGUGGUCAAGUUCGCCGACACUGACAAGGAGCGCACGAUGCGGCGAAUGCAGCAGAUGGCUGGCCAGAUGGGCAUGUUCAACCCCAUGGCCAUCCCCUUCGGGGCUUACGGCGCCUAUGCUCAGGCACUGAUGCAGCAGCAAGCGGCCCUCAUGGCAUCAGUUGCACAGGGCGGCUACCUGAACCCCAUGGCUGCCUUUGCUGCCGCCCAGAUGCAGCAGAUGGCAGCUCUCAACAUGAACGGCCUGGCGGCUGCACCUAUGACCCCAACCUCAGGUGGCAGCACUCCUCCAGGCAUCACCGCACCAGCCGUGCCUAGCAUCCCAUCCCCCAUUGGGGUGAACGGCUUCACUGGCCUCCCCCCACAGGCCAAUGGGCAACCCGCUGCAGAAGCUGUAUUUGCCAAUGGCAUCCACCCCUACCCAGCACAGAGCCCCACCGCCGCGGACCCCCUGCAGCAGGCCUACGCCGGAGUGCAGCAGUAUGCAGCAGCUGCCUACCCUGCGGCCUAUGGUCAGAUAAGCCAGGCCUUUCCUCAGCCACCGCCAAUGAUUCCCCAGCAACAGAGAGAAGGGCCCGAGGGCUGUAACCUGUUCAUCUACCAUCUGCCCCAGGAGUUUGGGGACGCUGAGCUGAUGCAGAUGUUCCUCCCUUUCGGCUUCGUGAGCUUCGACAACCCGGCCAGCGCGCAGACCGCCAUCCAGGCCAUGAACGGCUUCCAGAUCGGCAUGAAGAGGCUCAAGGUGCAGCUGAAGCGGCCCAAAGACGCCAAUCGCCCGUACUGAGCGCCGGCGGGAGCGUCCCCCGGGGGAGACCAGGACUCGCACAGGGCAGGAUGCUGAACGGGCUACAUUAAAAAACAAACCUCUCUCUCUCUCUAUUUAUAAAUGAGAACUGUUGGAUGACACCUUUGACAUAUCAGCCAAUAUCAAUCAAGCUGAAGACUCCAGACACUCUGUGUGACUGUAACAUUUCUUCAAGGAAAGUAUAGCGUCUAUGGAGUUCAGAGGGCACGUGUUUGGGGAAAAAUACACACAAAGAAGACGACGAAGAAAAAUGAGAAAAAAAAAAAAAACCCACAAAAAAGGCAACUUUAAAACAAAGUAACGUGAGACCAGACAGGGAGGCUGAAGGGCUGGGCGCUGGGAGGAGACGCUGCUGCUCACCGAUCCCUUGGCUUUUCCAGCCUGUGGGCGCCUGAGGCAGGCGGGGCAAGCGUGCUGUGGGGCCUGGUCCCCGGGAGCGGCUGGGAGGCCGCCACUGAGCACCUCUAUCUGUCAUUCCUUUAGCUAUUUAGGGACCAAAGGACCAAACUUUUUAUUGCAGAUGUGUAGCUCUAUGUCAAAUAGAGGGGGAAUGGAGAACUACCUCCUUCCUGCCUCCUGGCUGUUCUUGAAACAGCUUAGAGCGAUUCUAUGAAAAAUGUAAUAAAAAA